AUGUUCCUCCGCGCGCUCCUUAGCCGCGUGUUUACGCUCCUCCUCCCACUCACCCUCGCAGCCUCCGUCUACCUCUACCUCUACCCCGUAUUCAACGGCUGCGGCUUUCCCCUGCCUCGAGUCCAAUCGGAAAGCGCCGAUAGCCCCUCGAUCUUCUCCAGAUUGCAACAGAAUGUCGUCGUCAAUACCUUCCUCCAACACCUCCGCACCCCGGACGCGGCGGCGGACAAUCAACCCGCCAUUUUCAGACUGCUAGUUCUCGCAGACCCGCAGCUUGAAGGCGACUCGUCGCUGCCGCUACCUGACUGGAAGCUUAUUCCGCGCAUGCGCACGCAUUGGCGCGCUGUCCGGGAAGCAGUGGCCGAAGCCUCAACGACGACGCCCCUCCCCCAGGUACUCCUGGACCAGAACGUCCUCGAUAAUAUUAAGACUGGGUUGAAGACGUUCGCUACCGAGGAUGUACCCCGUUCUUUUCGUGCAACAGUCAAGCAGGUAGACCUGUUCGGUAACGACUACUAUCUCGCGCAUAUAUAUCGCACGCUGUUCUGGUGGACUCGACCAACGCAUACGACGGUGCUGGGUGAUCUUCUGGGCAGCCAAUGGAUUGACGAUGAGGAGUUUUCGUGGCGCAGUACGCGGUUCUGGACACGGGUCUUCCGUGGCGCAGAGCGCGUGAAUGAUAAUAUUACUUGGACUGGGGCUGUGGGCAGCACCCAAGGCCAUGCUAAGCAGCAAUUGGAGCCUCUGGGUUCAGAGGCAAACCCUGCCUGGCCGAGGCGCAUCAUCAACGUCGCCGGGAACCAUGAUAUCGGAUACGCGGGCGACGUGAGCAAGGCGCGGAUGGAGCGUUUCGAACGCGAGUUUGGCCGCGCUGAUUGGGACAUUCGCUUCCAGCAUCCUCCAGUUUCGAGCGGAGGUAAUGCCUCUGAUGGGCCGGCUAUUACGCCGACAUUGCACCUCAUCAAUUUGAAUACCCUUCUUUUUGAUACGCCUGCGCUGUCUGAGGAACUUCAGACUCGCAGUUACUCGUACUUGAACGACUUGAUCAGCGAACGUCUUUACCCAGUCGAGGACCGCUCAACUUUCACCUUGCUCCUUACACACUUGCCCAUGCACAAGGAAGAUGGGAUCUGUACCGAUGGGCCGUACUUCACGUUCCAGGAUGAGGAAGACAGCGAUGGACUGGAUGGCGUCCCGCGGUGGAAGGCCGGUGGUCUGAGAGAACAGAACCACCUUAGCGAUCAUAUCAGUGCUAGCGGUAUCUUGCAAGGUAUCUUCGGUUUGAGUGGCGAUGAGACUGCCGCUCAUGGUGGCUAUGGCCGGAACGGACUUAUCCUCACGGGCCAUGACCACACCGGUUGCGAUGUCAUCCACUAUAUCAACCGGACUGCCGAUGCACAAGGCGAGGUAAGCGGUGAACUGGAGGACACUUCUCAAAGCCAGGGGUGGAAGUGGGCUGCCAAACGGUUCAACAAGUACAGACCGGAAAAGCCAACUACCCCCUCAAUCCGUGAGGUGACACUGCGCGCUAUGAUGGGCGAGUUUGGAGGAAACGCCGGUCUUCUGUCCGCAUGGUUUGAUGCCAAUAUCGGCGAAUGGAAUUACGAAAUUACGAUGUGCCCGGCUGGUGUACAGCAUUUCUGGUGGGCAGUACAUGUGCUCAUCUUGGUGACCGUGAUUGUUGGACUACUUGUAUUGAUUAGUCGGGCAUUGGAGAGCGAUGGAAUUGAGACGAGCAAGACGACGUGGUUGGAUGCGUCGAAAGCGAAUGGCAAGGAGCCCGUUGAGGAGGUCUCUAGGGGACGCACGCCGGGUAAGGCUCGUGGUCGUGAUGAUUUGAAGUGA